UGAGCAGUCAUGUGACAGAGGCGCCGUCAGUUUUUUACCACAAUGUUCUUAAUACACGCCUCACGCUAAAAGCAGCACUACAGACUGCAGGGAGUUUCUUUUGAAGGCACCAAUUAUCCUGGAUAUGUGGUAAUAGGACAUGACAGUUCAGCUGAAGUAGUAAGUAAGUCUACACACACCGGUAGACCUUUGUGAAUGACUGCCUGUCGGUAACAAUGUCGCUACAAAAUAUCAAUAAAGAAGCCUUGAUCGGCUCUGCUGCGCUUGGAGUUGUCUUUCUUGCGGGUUGUUAUAUAGGCAAAAGAAGAUCCAGAUUUGUCUCCAUGGAUAUUUUCAAGAGCCACAGUGGGGCAAAAGACAACCCUCUGAUGCAGUAUGUGCUCAAUAACUCCCUGAGGGAGCACCCAGCCUUGAAAAAGCUGAGACUGAGGACGAUGGAGCACUCUCUGAACUUCAUCAUGGUGGCUUGUGAGCAAUCCCAACUCAUGGCCAACCUGGCGAGGCUCAUCAAAGCCAAGAAGGCUAUUGAGAUUGGCGUUUACACUGGCUACAAUACCCUGAGCAUAGCUUUGGCCCUGCCUGAGGAUGGACGAAUGGUAGCCUGCGAUGUCAGCGAGGAGUUCACCAACAUGGGGAAACCCUUCUGGAAGGAGGCUGGAGUUGAACAUAAAAUAGACCUGCGCUUACAACCGGCUCUGAAGACCCUUGAUGAUCUGCUUGCGGCCGGAGAGGCGGAGACGUAUGACUUCGUCUUCAUCGACGCGGACAAGGUCAACUACGACAACUACUACGAGAAAUCACUGCAGCUGCUGAGAAAGGGAGGCAUCAUCGCCAUUGACAAUGUGCUGUGGAGCGGUAAGGUCGUGAACCCCGCAGAGGACGACCUGGACACCAAGUGCAUCGACAAACUCAACAAGAAGCUGCACAAAGACGUGCGGGUCAACCUGAGCAUGUUAACAGUCGGGGACGGACUCACCCUGGCCUUCAAGAUCUAGAACGUCUUAAAAAGUGGGGGGCAGGCUACUACUGCUAUGGGCCAGAUGUGAUUGGUUGUGUUGAAUGUGCAGAUGUGUUAAAACCCAGAUUCAGACAGUACAAAAACCCCUGUGUGCGCGUCAAACCAUUUUCUCCCAUCCCUCUGGUCCUCUAGCCUCACAUCUGUGGGGAAGAGAGUUUCCCCCGCUGUCAAAACAGCGCAGUGCAACUGUUGAGGGGCUGCCCCCACCCCACCCCCAAUUCAACACUUGAUUGCAAAUGAGAGAAUAACCAUUGAAUUAUGUUUUUGCAAGACGUUCAAUAAAACCUCAAUUCAAUGACAUUUGAACCUUGCUUGGCUGAAGCCACAAGGAAGGAGGGGAGGGAGUAGGUUGACUUGCACACCUUGCCAUUAAUUUAAUCCAACUGGUUCUGUAUCAGUUGCUCUUAAGCUCCUCAGGUGUACUAUAAAAGUAUUACAGAUCUGCUACUCAUUCAGGUCACCUGGCUUAAAAGGAAAUCACAUGACAGGGAUUUUACCGUGCUUCAUGAUGAGAAUAUUGACUGAUAAUGGCUGUAUCAAGUCUGUCAGGAUUUGUUAUGGUGUCAAUCGUGAGUUGGAUGAUUUGUACAUAAUUUCUGUUACAUCAUGUAUUUUUUUUCUAAAACCUUAAAUACAUUAUUCUGUGUACAAACAA